AUGAGAAUAUCAGAUACUGAUGUACAGAUAUCCCGUCAGUGUAUUUCUGCAUUUCUAUCUUCACACACCGCUUAUGAAUUACUUCCCGAGUCAGGCAAGGUUGUUGCUUUGGAUGUUGAUCUACCAGUGAAACAGGCAUUUCAUAUAUUGCAUGAGCAGGGAGUUUUCAUGGCUCCUCUUUGGGACUUCUGCAAGGGGCAAUUUGUUGGUGUUCUUAGUGCUUCGGAUUUUAUUUUAAUUUUAAGAGGACCUUACAAGCUUCUCCAUAUCAGAUCAGUGUUCUAUGUAGCUUUUGAAAAAGGUGAACUUUGA